GAUUCACUCACUCUGUGGAAUCUUUUGCUACCACAGUCGGAUAGGCCGUCGUCUCUGCAAUCAUUCCCUGUCCUUCGUGGGUUUGCACAUCCUAACAAGGAAAGGCCAUGGAGACAAAUGGUUUAUCCGAGCGGGGAGCUUUGAAUCAUGCCCAUCGAGACAUUUGGGGACCGCGAAUAAAACUAAUGGCCAACCAAUGGUCAUUCGCCAAUGAUGGAGGAUUGGUCAACUUAAGGCUGGCGGAAAACAGUCUAAUGCAUAGAGAGAUGUCUAAUUUGAUAACAUCACAGGUCGCAGUCGAAGCCACGAAACAUCUCACAUAUAGCACAGGUCCCCGUGGGUCCAUCCGUCUUCGCUGCGCUGCUGCAAAUUUUCUCAACGAGUCGUUUCAUUCCAACACAAAAAUCACCCUGGACGAUAUAUUCAUAACAUCCGGCGCAGCUGGUGCAAUUGAUGCUCUAGCAUGGUCGAUCUGCGACAGUGGGGAUGGCAUACUAAUCCCACAGCCUUACUACAAUGGAUUCGACUUUGAUUUACUCAAUCGCAGCAAUGUCAUUGUGGUCGGGGUUUCCUACCAUGAUGUCCCAGGCUAUGGUGGGCUGGAAGACAAUUUCGACGCAUCGAUCAAUCGGCAGGCUCUAGACAGUGCCUUGCAGAAAGCACGGAGCGAAAGGAUUAGAAUCCGAGCAUUGAUGAUUUCAAACCCUCAUAACCCACUCGGUAGAUGCUAUCCUUCUGACACAUUGGCGGAGUUCAUGUCUUUCUGUCAUUCCAAUAAUUUACACCUGAUAUCAGAUGAAAUUUAUGCAUUUUCUGUCUUUCCUAAUCCUAAUUUAGAGAACUCGAACAGUUUCACCUCAGUCCUAUCGCUUACGGCACUGCACAUGAUCGAUCCGAGGUUUUUGCACGUCAUCUACGGCGCGAGUAAAGACUUCUGCGCCAAUGGACUGAGGUUAGGGCUUGUUUGUACCAAAAAUGAGGGUGUCAUAGGUGCAAUGUCAAGUAUCAGCAUGUUCUCAUGGCCGUCGCACAUCAUCCAGGAUAUAUGGGCAUACAUGCUCGAGGAUACCAAAUGGCGGAAUAACUUCAUAGGAAGAAAAUUGGAACUAAUGGAAGCAAACUAUCGAUUGGUAACGGGCUUCCUGUCUGAAAUCGGAGUUGAUUGGUUUCAAGCAAAUGCGGGUUUAUUUGUUUGGACAGAUUUACGUAGUGCUUUGAAGUCAACUACAGAUUCUGUUCUGGUUAACUAUACUGGCCAGGCUGCCUCCCCUGCAGCAGAAGCAGCGUUUAUAGAAGUCUGCUCGAAAGCCGGUGUUAUGAUUGCGCCUGGGCAUAUUUACCAUUCAGAAGAUAAUGGGUGGUUUCGUAUCACGUUUACCUUAGAGCCAGAGGCUUUACAGAAAGGAUUAGAAAGGUUGAAAAUAUCUUUAGGUAUAUAAUAUAAAGAAUAGAC